CACUUUUCAACUCCUAUAGUGAUCAAACAUACGUAGGUUAGAAUUGCAUGGUUAAGAUACAAAUUUUAGUUUUUAGUUCUGUUUGUUCAAAUACCAAAUAGUGAAUUGAAUUUUAGAAGAAUUUCUUUUUAAUGAAUGAAAAAUUCAAUGCAGAUCUUUGAUAUUUUUUAUUUAUGAGGCAUAACAUAGAGGAGUGUAAAGGUGCUCAAAGUUUGAUAACGUAAACAAGAACUCUUUUAUUACAAGAGAACAUUGACCAAGCAAAAAAACAACAAGAUAAUUUAAAUCAAAUUAUAAACAUGAUCUUCUUUGGACUUAAGAACUUAAUUCAUAAAGGGCUAAAAAUGUAAGAGAGCUUCCUUUUUAUUACAAAAUGA